UUAUUUAUUUUUUAUAUAUCACAUAGCUAAAACAGGAUAAGGUUAUCCUCCACAGGAGGAGAUAUGAAACUACGAUCUUGUUGAAACACGUACAUGCACUAUCCAACUGAGGAGGAGAUGAAUAAUAUUACAGCAAGUGAAGUGGCAGGACUUGGAGUGGGUACUUUACUCCUAUGUUGCACCAUUGCUGCCCCAAAGAUUGAUUCUUUCAUCUCUAAUUCACAGAGAAGCUCUCUAGGUAUGUGCAAGACAUGCGGGGAUCUAAGGAUGAUAGCUUGCUCAAAAUGUAAAGGAAUUGGAUCGGUCAAGGAAGGUGGACCAUUAAGUUUUAACAUGAUGGACGACUUGUAUCAGUCCCUUGGUGGAGAAUCAAAGGCGAAAGCCUUUAAAUGUACUAAAUGCAGAGCUAGAGGCCAUUUCUGCUGCCCUGAUUGCUCUGAAGUACCAUCAGUUUAAUUAUAUGUAGAUCUUGUAAAAAAACAAAAAAUGCUCUCCAGAACUUGGCUAUAUUCUGUCCUCAAAUAAUUUUUUUUUUUUUUUUUUUAAAGAAAGAACUUGCUUAUGUUCAAGCUUUCCUCCUUGCAAUUACUAUAGUUUUGGUUUCUUCUA